AUGACAACAAUCUUCCUCAAAAUACUGCUACUAUCAAGUCUACAACUCGCGAUUAAGUCCAAAGACAUCUUCCAUGGAAAACAUCUCAAGGGGCACUCCUAUAACAACAUCACCACUGAUGAUCCAGCCAAGUGCUACCAUCACUGUGUCCAAGAUUGUCGUUGUAAGGCGUGUCAGAUGAAAGAUACAAGAUGCGAGUUGCUGGAUGAGGACAAGACUUCCAAGGUUAAUAACUUUGUAGAUGAACCAGGAUACGUGUACUUUGAWCUCAAGCAUUUUUUUUACAAAGGGAAAGUUAUGAACACCGAAUACCUUGUCCUUGUGGUGCUUCUUUGUAUUAAGGAAGCCACAAGCGAAUCUCAUUKCGUUGGCACCUGCUAUUCUGGACGACUUUUCCCAGAGCCCCAAGACAUCUUCCAUGAAAAAAAUAUCAAGGGACACUCCUACAACAACAUCACCACGAAAGAUCCAGCUAAGUGCUACCAUCAUUGUGUCCAAGAUUGUCGUUGUAAGKCGUGUCAGAUGAAAGAUGCAAGAUGUGAGUUGCUGGAUGAGGACAAGACUUCCAAAAACUUAACAGAGGAGCAAGGAUACGUGUUCUUUGAUCUCAAGCAAACAAUUUUUAAGGGGAAGAAAUCCCACAUGGUAAAGCCAGGUGUUUGCUAUAAUGGYUGUUGUCGAUCCCAGCCUUGUAUGAACGGAGGGGCAUGCGUAGAACAUUGCAACUCACCAAAGGAGAAAUUCACGUGUAUAUGUCAGAAAGAGUAUAAAGGUAAAAUAUGCCAGGAAAGAGUUUCAUCUUGUAUGGAUAUUUUAAUCKCUUCUAAAACAACACCACAAAAAGGUGUCUACUGGAUUAAAAGAGAUGACAAAGGGAACAUUGUUAAAGUAUACUGCGAUUUUGAUGGGAACAGGGCGUGGACCCUCAUCGAAUCGUUCUCUCGAGCCGAAAUGCUUCGAUUCAAGAAGAGACCCUUCUUUAUGGACUUCUCUGUGAAUUUGGGAAACCCAGACRGUUGGGAUAUGUAUCGCAUAAACUUGAACAGAACUUGGUACUUUCACUCCAAAUCCACCUUGUUCAGAGCUACUUGUGACUUCCAAGACAGAGACAUCCUGACGCCUGACCUUCUGAUUGGCAGAUUGAGUGAAGUGGAUAUUGUAAACGAGAAAAAGGUUAACGAGUGUAGGAAGUACUUGUUCAUCAACAUCGUGGGGCGCAGCUGCACUGACUGUACAGCGUUUACAUCUUCUGGAAAUCUUGAAAUGCAUACUCACCUUGAUGUCACUUCUAAUCAAUGUGACUUCAAACUUAAUCAGAACUAUAUCAAGGCCAACACUAAAACCUUUGGAAACUAUGAUAUUUUCGAUGAAAGAUUCAAAUGUACGGCAGCCACAAAGUCUACUACACAAUGGUGGUUAGGAGAAGAGAAAUAAUCAAAAUACAAUGCAACACCCCAGUCUACCACACAGUGGUGGUUAGGAGAA